AACAAUGACGUAGGCAAGCCCGUUCAAACUUUAUUGCAGGAAGUGGGCGAUCCAGCUGUUGCUAAAUAUCUAGAACUAACCAGCAGGAGUCAUGCGACCACUAUUUCUAAGAAAAGGUAGCGGUAAAAAAAAAAAAAAAAAAAAAAGCUGAGAAAAUCCAAAGCGGAAGUAAAGGAAGAAGUGGGGCAGGAAAACCGCUUCGUAGAGAACUCUGAGAAGUUUGCAUCCACAUCUGAGCUGCGUGAUGUGAACGGGGGGGGUGGCGGAACUUUUAUUCCUCGAGUUAGAAAGUUUGGAAAAGCCGGUGCCGUUACUGUGGGGAACGAUGGGACUCCCGGCGCUGGAGUUCAGUGACUCUUUUCUGGACAGCCCGGACUUCAGGGAGCGCCUCAAAUACCAUGAAAUAGAGCUGGAGCGAACCAAUAAAUUCAUCAAGGAGCUCAUCAAGGAUGGAAAUAUGCUGAUCACUGCCCUCAAGAGUCUUUCUGCUGCUGUCCAGAAGUUCUCCCAGUCAUUGCAGGAGUUCCAGUUUGAGUGCAUAGGUGAUGCUGAGACAGAUGAUGAGGUCAACAUCGCCCAGUCUUUCAAAGAGUUCUCCCAGCUGCUGAACACUGUUGAAGAGGAAAGAAGGCGCCUGGUAAGAGCACAUUAGAAACAUGACAGGACUACAACAAAACACUGCUACCCCUUUUACUGUGUCAGUUGAUCGACUGUGCUAUUUAUAACUUGAUGUACAGGAAAAAUAAAAAACACAAAACCCCA